AUGAAGCGUCAAGGCUCAUGCUACCUACCCGACAUCAUGUUCAUCCAGCAAUUACAGGCGAUCAACAGGCGACAGGCGACGUCGAGAGAAAAGGAGUGUUUCCCGCGGUCCCCAUGCCGCUAUGCCGCUCUUGCCCCGUGCACCGGGGGCGCACAGAGCACCUGGGGCGAAAAUCACUGCAGAGCAAGACUUAAUCGAAUUGAAAAAGUGGACGGCCGAGGGAAAAGCCAGGGGUGGCAAGACACGGGGGAGUUGAUCAGUGAUGCCGUGAUCUUCCAAUUUUGGUGGGCAAAUGGCUUUGAAGAGUGGCCUAUGAGUGGACAGAAAAUCAUGAUCUUGGGGAUCCACAGAGAAGAAAAGAUGAGCAGGUGGCGAUUGGACCAAUACGAGGACACCAUUCUCCGAACGAAGAGGUACCAAUGGAAGGAGAGAAGCUGCACUCCAGUUCUUGUUUCCCCCGUAUUUCCUUUUUCCAGGUUUCCCUCAAGAAAGGCACAUGGCCAGGGCCAGGGUCAGGCUCUAACCGGCUUUGCCUACCCAAAUGAUGCCACGCUUGUCCAUUGGUCUGUAGCGGAUAGGUUGAAGGAGACGAGGGAAGACGAGGAGAAGCCUGGAGAAUUCAUCAAUACUCCCUUGCUACGGAGUAGAUUGGAGGGCAUUUCAGAAAGGGGGAGUAGCACAGCCUGUGAAGCUUGUCGGCCUGUCUGGCGAUGGAAGAGAUGGAUUGAAGGUGGUGAGAUGCUGAUGGACGUUCAAGGCAAGAGGCGCAGCAUCCGUGUUAAGCGUAAAUCAGGCACGCUAAAUGGUAGUCGAGGCAAGCGCUUGCCUCCUGGUGUCCUGUCCUGGUUUGACUUCCCGUGCAUUCCCACUGCUCCCGCCCUACCCAUCCCUUCCCGCAAAUUAAUUCUCGCGGCCUGGGCUUUCAACCUACUCUUCCCUUCCAUACGCACUCAUCUCGUCCGCUACGGUCUUCACUCGUUCUUGACCUACGCUUCUCGUUGUAAUUACUACAUACUACCAUCGCUUAAUACUCUCUCCUACACCUUCCUCCUGUUGAAGCAAACUUUCGUUGCGCCCCCCAAGACAAACCUUUUCCCAUUCUCUAUCCCGGGAUCCCCAGAUUAUCAGCCAAACUCUGUUUUUAAUCUUCCGAACAUCAGCAACUUCCAUAUCGAUUUCGAUCUCGACCCGGUCAUUCGGACGAGCCUUGUACGACCACUUUCCGCCCUUGUCACAGACGGAUACACAAGUCAUCAGACACCCGAAUUCCUCCCCGCCGCGGCAGUAAACACGCCGGCAUCAUCCCACCGUCACCCGCGGGCGGCGAAAGUCCAAUAG